AGGAUAAUUUAUCUAUAUAAUAAUUUUGUAGAUCAAGCAACAAGUGUAACUGUUAUAUGAAUUGGACUCCAUGGCUAAUGGAAUCACAUAUACUCUGCAAAUUUUUACCAACCCAACUUCAUCUCAAGCUUCAACCUCUCUUUCUCUUUCAAUAUAUAUCCUCUUCUCUUUUUUCUUAAUUUAUAUAUUGGCUUUUAACAACCGGAGACAAUGCCCGAACCGGACAAAGAUACCCACGUCGACGUUCCAUCUUCUGGUUCAAAGGGCGUUACGGUUGUAGCGACGGCAGUUUCGUCCAUCAUGGACUUGGACGUUGAUUUUGAUGUUGAUAAUCCUUGGCCGUUGGAUCCGAUCGGUUUUGUUUCCAACCCCAUGUCUCCCUUUCUUAUUGCUUCCUCCGAACAGCCUUGCUCUCCCCUUUGGGCUUUUGCUGACGCCGACAAGGAUGAUAGAAUCACGGGUAAUCUGGCUACUGAAACUGAAACCCCGAAAGAUAAUGACGAAAACAGAAGGCUUUCUAGCCUUCCUUCUCCUUUUGUGGGACUGGUGCCUUUAGAAAACUCAGAUGGAUAUUGUAUGAUCAAGGAGAGGAUGACCCAAGCAUUGCGACACUUCAAAGAAUCAACUGAGCAACAUUUUCUAGCUCAAGUGUGGAUGCCUGUAAAAGUCGGGAGUCAGUAUGUUCUAACAACUUCAGGGCAACCAUUUGUACUUGGUCCCCAUAGUAGUGGCCUACAUCAGUAUAGGAUAAUCUCUCUGAUGUAUAUGUUUUCUGUGGAUGGAGAUAAUGAUGGAGAGCUUGGGCUUCCUGGCCGUGUUUUCUGGCAAAAGUUGCCGGAAUGGACACCCGAUGUGCAGUAUUACUCCAGUAAAGAGUAUUCACGACUUGAUCAUGCACGUUAUCAUAAUGUUCGAGGAACCAUGGCUCUGCCUGUCUUUGAACCUUUUGGGCAGUCCUGUGUUGGUGUAAUUGAGCUCAUAAUGACAUCACAGAAGAUUAACUAUGCUCCAGAUGUUGAUAAAUUAGGCAAAGCUCUUGAGGCUGUAAAUCUCAAAAGUUCAGAAAUCCUGAAUCACACCAUUGCACAGAUUUGCAAUGAGGGUCGCCAAAAUGCGCUGGCAGAGAUUUUGGAGAUAUUGUCAGUUGUGUGUGAAACUCACAAAUUACCAUUAGCUCAGACCUGGGUUCCAUGCAGGCAUCGCAGUGUUCUGGCCCACGGUGGUGGUUUGAAGAAAAGCUGUAGUAGCAUUGAUAUUAGCUGCAUGGGACGAGUCUGCUUGUCAAUAACUGAUGUUGCUUUCUACAUAGUAGAUGGUCACAUUUGGGGUUUUCGAGAGGCUUGUGUUGAGCAUCACCUACAAAAGGGUCAGGGGGUUGCUGGGAGGGCAUUUUUCUCCCUCAGUUCUUGCUUCUGCAAUGAUAUUACUCAAUUCUGCAAAUCUGAGUACCCAUUAGUACACUAUGCACAUAUGUUUGGAUUAACCAGCUGUUUCGCUAUCUGCUUACGGAGUGCUUAUACUGGAGAUGAUGAUUACAUUCUAGAAUUUUUUUUGCCUCCUGAUAUCAAAGACAGUUAUGAGCAACGGACUUUGUUAGGCUCCAUAUUAGCAACAAUGAAGCAGCAUUUCCAGAGUCUUAAGGUUGCCUCUGGGGUAGAAUAUGAGGAGGAUGAAGGAUCAAUCGAAAUCAUUGAGGCUUCUGUGGACCGGAAACUUAUUUCAAGAUUUGAAUCUAUUCAAUUACAAUCUGUGAGAUCACCACCUGGCCCUAAUGCACUACCAAAAGGGGGAGAGUUGCCACAGCUAGAUCUAUCGGAGCAGCAGUUACUUGUGAGAUUUGAUACUAAUUAUGAUGGAGGUAACGUUGUAAGUGUGAGUAGGAGCCACAACCCAGUUUCUUUUCAAGAGAACAAAAGCACAAAAAAGACUUCGGAGAGAAAACGUGGAAAGACUGAGAAAUCAGUUAGUCUUGAAGUUCUCCAACAAUAUUUUUCUGGGAGUCUUAAAGAUGCUGCAAAGAGCCUUGGUGUUUGUCCUACAACAAUGAAGCGAAUCUGCAGGCAGCAUGGGAUAUCUAGGUGGCCAUCUCGCAAGAUCAAUAAGGUUAAUCGCUCCCUCUCUAAGCUAAAGCAUGUGAUUGAAUCUGUCCAAGGUGCCGAUGGAACAUUUGGAUCAACUUCUCUCACUACUAAUCCACUUCCAGUUGCUGUUGGUUCCAUUUCACGGCCUUCCAAACCUAUGGGAGAAAAAAGUGACUCUCCCAACCAUAGAACAUCAGGAAGUGAUGAUCUCAAGAAACUUAUUCAUGAGCAAAAUGCACUUUUACCUGUUAUAGAUAAAGGCUCGAACAGUUCCAGAACUGGGAGUGGGUCAAGGGAAGAAAGUGCUGGGACCCCUACUUCUCAUGGUUCGUGCCAAGGUAGCCCUGCAAUCAAAACUACACCAGCAAAGGAUCCACUUGUUUCUGCUAUCCACGAGCCCUGCUUUAAAGCUAGGGGCUCCUCUGAAUUGGCAUUUCAAACGACAGGGGAUACUGCAACUGAACCUCAAGAACUGUUUGGAGGAAUGUUAGUCAAGGAUGCUGGAAGCUCCAAGGACCUGAGAAACCUAUGUCCAGUUGCAGCUGAUGCCAUUGUGGAAGAGCGGUUUCCAGAAUCAAGUUGGCCAAUACCACGUGUACGGGCUCAGCAGGAAAUGAAGAGUGUGACCAUAAAGGCAACUUACAGAGAAGAUAUAAUUAGAUUCCGAAUAUCUUUGAGUUGUGGUAUCGUGGAAUUAAAAGAGGAAGUGGGCAAGAGGCUGAAGUUGGAGGUGGGUACUUUUGAUGUAAAAUAUGUAGAUGAUGAUCAAGAGUGGGUUCUGAUAGCCUGUGAUGGGGACUUGCGUGAGUGUUUGGAUAUCUCAAGAUCAGUAGGCAACAACAUAAUCAGAUUGUCAAUUCAUGACUUAAUGACCAACCUUGGAAGUUCUUGUGAGAGCACUGGGGACUUGUGAUUAAAUUGUCAACAUGGUAAAUUUAGAGCAUAAUUAAUUCUUAUAGAUUUUGGUUGAUGCUACGAGAGUGAACUUCUAGAUUUUGGUUCUUUGAAGUCACGGUUUUGCUUUGA